UGCGGCGCGUGUAACAUCAGACCAGACUGUGAGGGAUCCCGGGAGUCACUCGCGCGUCUGCCUCCGAAUCCCGACCUCGUCGGAGACCGCAGCGAUGUCAGGCGCGGCGGGGACGCCAGCGGAAGACGGAGGGGAUCGGCCGUGGCAGUCUUACCAUACGGCGUACACCAACGCCAAAGCUGGAAUGGAGGGAGUUGACAAAGAGAAGGUGCAGAAGGUAAUCUAUGAAAUGAGCAAGGGUUCAAAGUAUUUUGAAAAUGAGCAGAGGAAGGAGGCAUUGACCAAACAAAAGAUUGAACAUCUCCGUGCACAGUGUGCGACAUUGACUGAUAAUGACAUAUUGCAUUUUCAGAAGGUUGCUGAAAAGAAAAUGUUGGAGUUAGAGGCUUCACGGGAUCUUUCAAAGAUAUGGCUUCACACUGACAUGGAUGCCUUUUAUGCUGCUGUCGAGACAUUGGAGGAUCCAUCCUUGAAGGGAAAACCGUUGGCGGUUGGUAGCAUGUCUAUGAUAGCUACCGCCAGUUAUGAGGCACGGAAGUUUGGAGUUCGUGCAGCAAUGCCUGGUUUUAUUGGAUGUAAACUAUGUCCUGGCCUGGUUUUUGUCAGACCAAACUUUGAGAGAUACACUCAUUAUAGUGAGCUGACAAGAAAAGUUUUCCAGAGAUAUGAUCCCAAUUUCAUCGCAACAAGUCUAGAUGAAGCAUAUCUCAACAUAACAAAUGUCUGCAUUGAGAGAGGCAUUACAGGAGAGGAGGUUGCUACUGAGCUUAGGGCUGCCGUUCACCAGGAAACUGGCCUAACAUGUAGUGCAGGGGUUGCCCCAAACCGCAUGAUUGCAAAGGUUUGUUCUGAUAUUAACAAGCCCAAUGGACAGUUUAUUUUGCCAAAUGAUCGAGAAGCUGUAUUGACAUUUGUAUCUACAUUGCCUAUAAGAAAGAUAGGUGGUAUAGGUAAGGUGACAGAACAGAUGUUACGUGAGGUUCUUGGAAUCAGUACAUGUCAGGAGAUGCUGCAAAAGGCUGCUUUCUUAUGUGCUCUUUUUUCUGAAUGCUCAGCUGAUUUCUUUCUUUCGGUUGGUCUUGGAUUAGGAGGUACAGAAACUCCAGAGCAAAGGCAAAGGAAAAGUAUCAGUUGUGAGCGAACUUUCACAGCAACAAAUGAUUCUUCUUUGCUUUUCGAGAAAUUAGCUAACCUCGCUGAAAACUUAAUGGGUGAUUUGCAAAAGGAGGGUUUGAAAGGAAAGACACUAACACUCAAACUAAAGACUGCAGAUUUUGAGGUUCGGACUCGAGCAGUAACUACACGAGGCUAUAUCAACUCCAAGGAAGAUAUCUUGAUCUAUGCUACUAAGUUACUUAAGGCUGAAAUGCCUCUUUCUUUGAGAUUGAUGGGGUUGCGGAUGUCACAGCUUCAUGAUGAGAAGGAUGUUUCAUCUACUUCGACACAAAAGACAAUAUAUAUAUUUUUGCGCUCAUCAAACAGUAACUUAAAUGUCCAUGGAGCAAAUGUUCAGAGUAUCACUGAUAUCUCAGGGCAGGAUAAUGGUCCUAUUAGUGUGACAACCAAGGAUGAUUACUUGGAACCUGAUACUGGAACUGGUGCAUCCACAGAUCAACAGGAUUUCUUUGUCCAUGACAAGAGCAUUUUCAUCCCAGAACAAAGGAAUUUAGGCAAUUACAGUAACGAGGCUGUCUUAAGCAAUCCGGUUAUUGGUGAUGGCUUAGAUGGAGCAAAGAUAGAUGAUGUCACUACCAGUGCAAAGGUUAUGAACGCUGAGAAGCUUGAUGAUGCUGGCCAGUUGAUCAGUCACGAAGCUGCAGCUUCAUCAAGUAAACCUGGUCAGCAGUUAUGGAUUGAUGGUUACAUUUGCUCCAUUUGUGGGUUUGAACUACCUCCAGGAUUUGAGGAGGAGAGGCAAGAACAUUCAGAUUUUCACUUGGCUGAAUCACUACAGCAGGAAGAAACAGUUGAUAGUAAAAGACCCAUUUGCAGCGGAAGGCUGGCUGAAAAACCAUGCUCUACUACUACACCCACACCCAAGAAAAAGCUGAAGUCUUCCAAAGAAGGAAAGCAUAUUCCAAUUGAUGCCUUCUUUGCAAAGUGUAAUAAGAACCUAAGCACCCGGUGCAAUCUUACUCUGUCAGUCAGCGUGUGUUUCGUUCCUGGAUCCCAUUUGUACACGUGGUCGGAAGAGCUCAGCUCGCGGUCGCAGACAAUAGCCCGGCGAGCAGGCAGGAGCGAGCUCUCCCAACUCAGAGGCCGGGACCGGGAGGGGAAGGCGGUAGUGAUGCACGGCCGCGUCCACGCUCGGCCGGGGGCCCUCCCCCGAAUUCCCUUCCUCCCCGGCGCCGCACCAGGUCCCUCCUCCCCCGGCGGCCGGCCGGGGCUAGGGGCAGCGCUGCGACGGUCCAAGACCAAGAGCCGCCUCCACUUCGGGCCCCCCGCUGCCGGGGACCUCUGCAAGCGAGCCCACCGUGAAAAGCUACGUGUUGCUGUCCUUGUGUCGAAACCCACACUGCAAAGUGAACAUGGUGUUUCACUUCAGAGUGGGUAUUCUGUUCUUGAAGGUGCCAAGGCUGCUGCGUUUCAGAUUUCUGCCGAUGAACUGGCAUCAAUCGUUGAAAGUCGUGACACUGAGAAGUUGGCCGUGCAUGGUCAAUUGGAUGGAAUUGCAGACAAGCUGGCAACAUCGUUGACUGAUGGGAUUAAUACAGCUGAGUACAGCCUAAAUCAAAGGCAAGACAUAUACGGAGUGAACAAGUUCACAGAGAGUGAGGCCCGCAGCUUAUGGGAGUUUGUGUGGGAAGCACUGCAAGAUACCACUCUUAUAAUUCUUAUAGCAUGUGCUCUCAUAUCUAUUGUUGUUGGCAUUGCCACGGAAGGAUGGCCAAAAGGUGCCUAUGAUGGCAUUGGAAUUUUUACAAGUAUCCUCCUGGUUGUAUCUGUUACUGCGACAAGUAACUAUCAGCAGUCUUUGCAAUUCAGGGAUCUGGACAAAGAGAAAAGGAAAAUUUUUGUUCAAGUUACAAGAAACAGUCUCAGGCAAAGGAUGUUGAUAGACGAUCUUCUUCCUGGUGAUGUUGUCCACCUAGCAGUCGGAGAUCAGGUUCCUGCAGAUGGCCUCUUUAUAUCUGGGUAUUCAGUAUUGAUCAAUGAGUCCAGUCUAACUGGGGAGAGUGAACCUCUUGUCGUAAAUGAAGAUAACCCUUUUCUUCUGUCAGGGACCAAAGUUCUAGACGGUUCAUGCAAAAUGCUAGUUACUGCAGUAGGGAUGCGAACACAGUGGGGUAAACUAAUGGCUGCCAUCACUGAAAGUGGGGAUGAUGAAACUCCACUCCAAGUCAAACUGAAUAGAGUUGCAAAUAUUAUUGGAAACAUUGGUCUAUUUUGUGCCCUCUUGACUUUUGUUGUCCUCUCGAAAGGUUUAGUUGCCCAGAAAUACCUUGACGGGCUUCUUUUAAGCUGGUCUGGAGAUGAUGUGCUCGAGAUAUUGCAACAUUUUUCCGUUGCAGUUACAAUCAUUGUUGUUGCUGUUCCUGAGGGAUUGCCUUUAGCAGUCACAUUGAGCCUUGCAUUUGCAAUGAAGAAGAUGAUGAAGGACAAGGCGUUGGUCCGACAAUUAGCUGCCUGUGAAACAAUGGGCUCAGCCACGAUCAUUUGCAGUGACAAGACCGGAACACUAACAACCAAUCGCAUGUCUGUUGUGAAGGCCUGCGUAUGCGGGAACACCAUGGAAGUGAACAGUCCACCGGCACCUUCUAAUUUUUCUUCCGAACUCCCAGAAGCUGCUUUGGAAAUUCUUCUGGAAUCUAUUUUUAACAACACUGCAGGUGAAGUGGUGAUUAACCAAGAAGGGCACCGUCAAAUACUAGGGACCCCUACUGAGGUGGCUUUGUUGGACUUUGCAUUGUUAAUGGGUGGAGGAUUUAAAGAAAAGCGGCAGGAAACCAAGGUUGUUAAGGUGGAGCCUUUUAAUUCAACAAAAAAGAGGAUGAGCAUCAUUCUUGAGCUUCCUGGAGGAGGAUACCGUGCUCAUUGUAAAGGUGCUUCAGAAGUAGUCUUGGCUGCCUGUGAUAAAUUUAUAGAUGCCAGAGGUAGUAUUAUUGCCCUCAAUAACACAACUACAAACGAACUCAAUGGUAUCAUUGAAACCUUUUCUAAAGAAGCACUUAGGACACUCUGCCUAGCUUAUCGGGAAAUGGAUGAUGGCUUUUCCAUUGAUGAGCCAAUACCGCUACAAGGAUACACAUGCAUUGGUAUUGUUGGUAUCAAAGAUCCUGUUCGUCCAGGUGUCAGGCAGUCUGUGGCAACUUGCCGGUCUGCUGGCAUUGAGGUUCGAAUGAUUACAGGUGACAACAUAAAUACAGCAAAGGCAAUUGCCUGUGAAUGUGGUAUACUUACUGAGGAUGGUAUCGCCAUUGAAGGUGCUGAGUUUAGAGAGAAAAAUCAUAAAGAACUCAUUGAGCUGAUUCCAAAGAUGCAGGUACUGGCCCGAUCUUCACCACUUGACAAACAUACGCUUGUGAAACACUUGCGUACCACAUUUGAUGAGGUUGUUGCUGUGACUGGUGAUGGUACAAAUGACGCACCAGCACUACGUGAGGCAGAUAUUGGACUUGCCAUGGGAAUUGCAGGGACUGAGGUGGCAAAAGAGAGCGCCGAUGUUGUAAUUCUGGAUGACAACUUCUCCACCAUCGUAACUGUUGCAAAAUGGGGACGCUCUGUUUAUGUCAACAUCCAAAAGUUUGUGCAGUUUCAGCUGACUGUUAAUAUUGUCGCUUUGCUAGUUAACUUCUCUUCUGCAUGCUUUACAGGAGAUGCUCCACUGACAGCUGUUCAGCUUCUUUGGGUCAACAUGAUUAUGGAUACCCUAGGAGCACUUGCGCUUGCCACUGAACCACCUGAUGAUAACUUAAUGAAGAAAGCACCAGUUGGAAGGAGAGGGAAAUUCAUCACAAAAGUAAUGUGGAGGAAUAUUUUGGGUCAGUCAAUAUUCCAAUUUGCGGUCAUGUGGUAUCUACAAACUCAAGGGAAGUACUUGUUUGGGCUUGAAGGCUCUGACGCUGAUACUGUCCUAAAUACAAUCAUAUUCAACACUUUUGUCUUCUGCCAGGUGUUCAAUGAGGUAAGCUCGAGGGACAUGGAGGAGAUCAACGUUCUCAAGGGCCUUCCGGAUAACUCCAUUUUCAUGAGCAUCCUUGCUGGCACUGUCAUCUUCCAGUUCAUCAUUGUCCAGUUCUUAGGAGAUUUUGCUGACACCACGCCUCUCACCCAGCUCCAGUGGCUCGUCAGCAUUCUCUUUGGCCUCCUUGGGAUGCCUAUUGCUGCUGUCAUCAAACUGAUUCCCGUGGAACCGCAUGAAGAAGGCAAUUGACAUAGAACAUAGUAGAUCAUAGUCCUGAAGAUUAAGUGCAAUAAUUCAGGUUCACCAAUUCCCAACUGUGGUAAGCUCAUCCGCACUCCCAAUAAUAUAUUCUUCCCUGAGCUGAUGCAUGAGAAUAGCAGCACUGACCCAAAGGUUGACAUCGAAUUGCAAAAAAAAAAAAAAACAUUUGGAUUGGGCAACAAAUUAUGUGUUCCCUUCGGUUUCCUCCACCAUGAUCAACAGCCACGAGCCUAGCCAACAAUGUAGGUUAUAAUAACAGGGUGUACAUACGUUCUACCCUGUGUCAAUUGUAAGUCGGACUGUACAUUGAAUGAAAUAACGAUUAUAUCACUAGCAUAGUUCAUUACAA